CUCCUUUUUGGAUUGUUUCAGCUUCCACUGCUGUUGUGAUGAAUGGGAAUAACAGCACGCAGAAAAGAAGAUGAACCUAGAUUCUCUGGAAGGCUCCAUCCAGAACGUGCUGUCGGUGCUGUACCCCCCCUUCGAGGCUACUGCACCCACUCUCCUCAGCCAGCUCUUCCAAAUCAUUGAUAGUCGUUUUGAGGGAGACGCCCUGCGGUGCCUGCUUGACUUUCUGGUCCCGGCCAAGCACAUCUUAGACACUGUGCAGCAGGCUGCAUGUGCUCAAUACUCUAAUGUUCUCUUCCUCUAUGAGGGAUGGCCUCUGUGUUUACAUGAUCAAGUCGUUGUUCAUCUUGCUCCGAUCAACCCCCAGCUACUUCAGCCCGGUGACUUUUACCUUCAGGUGGCACCAUUUUGUGACCAAUCAGCUCGCAUCGUGAUCUGCAGCCUCCUGGAAGAGGAGGGGCUCAGAGUGGAAGUAGUUGAGGAGACCCCAAUCCCUGAAACGUCCUAUCCUUGUAUAUUCAGCUCUGGGUGGUUAAAGGAGAUCAAUCAGGGCCGUCAUGGAACGCCUCUCAGACAAUGCCUGCUUGCCAGGGAACAGGGAGUGGUGAGGUUACCAUGGGUACAGGUGGCUGUGCCUGAUUUUGUGGAUGUGCCACAGUGUGGAAGUAGUAUGGCCUCUGCUCCUCCUCCUCCUCUACAACCUCUGCUUCCUUCUCCUUCUCCUCAUCUUUCUGAUAAAUCUUUAUCAAAUAGUUCAUUUCCUCUUUCCCCUGCAAAGGAAUCUGCACCAAAACACUGUAAUGUAACCAGUCAAAAUUCAGCUUCAUCAUCUUCUUCACAUGCCUCUGCCUUCUCCGUGGAGACCAGAAUUUGUCCAGCAAAGCACGGCAUUGCUGUGUCACUCUGCUUGGUGGAUGCUACCACUGCUUCUUCUUCAUGUAGGCUGGUCAAAUUGAAAGAAACUGAAACGGAGCCCAAGCCUAUAGGCUGGGUGUCCCCAAAUACGUGGGACAGCCGCAUCACUAGGUCAGAUACAGUGGCAAUAACAACUGCUGUUUCAAGUACACACACUCCUGUAAGUACAAAUAUAUGUAAAGUUGCAGACAAGAGUGUUCUUAAUGAAAAUACUGAUAAAGAUAAGAGUGUGCAGGUAGGCCAGAUCACAGCGGAAGGCGAAUAUAUUGAUGUUCUCCAGGCAACUAUGCUUUUUUCUAAGUGUCAGUUCGUAACUGAAGAAAAACAGAAGUUAGGGAUGCAAAUGCAGCCGCACACACAAACUGAAGCACAGAGACGAGCACAAAUGCAACCUCAUGCACAGUUAGAGCCAUACAGGCAAUCACAGAGGCAGCCAAACCCACAGAUGCCACCUCUAGAGCAUGUGCAAUUACCUUCAAAUCCACAAACACACAAUCAUUCUAGAUCAGAGGCUCCUGCAGCAUUAAUGCACAAUGUGUCCACAGAGACAGGACCUCCUUCUGCUCCCCAUCAUUCCCAGUCAGAUCACUUUCACCCUGACUCCCAGGAGCCCUCUCAGUGUGUCCGUACUGUCCGUUUUUCUGAGAAACCCUGUACUCCAUGCAUGAAAAGGAGACAAGGUGGAAAGUCUUCUAGAGCUCAGGACCUGAGGUGUCGAUACAGGGAUUCCUACCAGGCUGCUUUAAAAAACCCUGUCACCAUUGGACAGAAAACAGAGGGGGGGAGUAUGUUAGCUGUGGUGGAGGAGGAUGGUGAUGUCUCACAGUGUGUUGACAGUCAGAGGCCAACAGGGACUAAAACAGUGGAUCCUUGGUGUAAUGUUCAAGGAGUGUGGUGUGAUUCUGGAAACCAAACCCAGUCUCCUUUCAGUGGAACCAUCUGUAAUGAGUCGGGAGAAAAAAACACUGGUCCAUGUUGGAAACCAGGAGAUUCACACAUUGCUCCCUGCACAGAGCACAGGGGCGCAAAUCCUUUAAAAUAUGGUGAUCGAUCACAUCAGCCUGCCAAAAACAACACAGUGCUAUUCAGGAAACCAGGGUAUGCACACUGUGCCAAACCUGUGAAUGGGAACAUUUCAGCAGCAGGACCAAGGAUACACACUAAAGAUUUGUUAAAUUCAAAUGAUCCUUGGCAGUCUCAUGGAAUCUAUGCCAAACAUCCUGGAUUACAGUUCAGUUCAAGUGAAACUUCAGGGAUUAACAUGAACCUCAUGCCUCGUGAAAGAUUAGGAAACCGAAGUAAUUCCUCAGGGGUGGGUCCAAACAUUUCCAAUUAUCCUAAGGUGCCACAAAACCGACAAGAAUCUGUGUCCGAUGGAAGAUGUUCGUCCCUCUCCACAGCUGUGGUGGACACCUCAGAGAAGUGUGAACUGGUCAUUGUUGAAGGUCAAAAGGUCCGGAGAAGAGAAACCAAUGAUGCCUGUGCAGAGGUUCCUCAGCUGCAUGUGGUCAAAUGUAAAAACAGCACAGCCUUUGGGCUGGUUUCACCAAAGAUCAACAGAAGGAGGCUGGUAAUUCCAGAUCCUGGCAAUAUAUUUACAACCAGUAGAAACCAUCAUCCACUGGAGAACCCGUCUCAGACAGAUCCACCAGCAGCAGCAGACAUGCAGAAGUUCUUCCAGCCUGUCUCUGCUUGUCCCAGACCUGACCACCUCCCCCUGGGAUCCCCAGACCCCACAGCCCACCUAAUCUACCUGGGAGUAGCAGCUCUCACAGGCGGCAGAGACAGGACAGGCAGGGCAAUUGUUGAAGUCUAUGGUGACCACCAAGGGUGGAGACCAGCUGUAACAAGCCAGGGGCUCUGUCAGAUGUUGCUCUACUUCCACUUGAUCACCAGAAGAGAAAUCAGAGAAGCUGGGUUGACACUCAUUUUUGAUGCAAGGAAGACAAGUCCUCGACCACAGGUCUACAAGGCCUUGAUGGCUCUUCAGGAGCACAGUCCCCAAGUGCUAAACAGUUUGGUGCUGCUGGUGGACAAAGACAACAGUCUACGUCCCGAGCGAUGUCCUGGAGUCCAGACUGACACUUUAUCGAUGAAAGCCUUGCUGAAGCUGGUGGAGGGGAGUCAGUUGAGCUCCCAUCUAGAUGGCACGCUGUGUCACAGCUACUAUGACUGGAUGGAGCUGCAUCAGAAACUCUUCCCUUUUGUAUCUGAUCUUCAUGAGGCAUCAAGCCUGCUGCUGAGUGCCAUUAGUAAGUUAGAGGAGCCCCAGAGGAUGGACACUGUCCAGAGUGUGCACCAGUGCAUGAUGGACCAGAGGACUCUGAUGAAGGACGUGCUGGAGGACAGCAGAUUGGUCAGUCUUCAGAGAGAGGGUGGGGCCAUCCUGGCCAGGCUGAGGAGGGAGAGUGACCUGAAAUAUCCGCACUGUGACGACCUCAGUGAUGCAGUGGACUCGGUGACCAGCCUGUAUAACCACAUGGAGGAGCAGGUUCAUGUCCUCGUGCAGAAGUCUAAUGUGUCCUUGGAACACCUGGAGCACCUGAUGCAAGUCAGAGAGAUGGAGGGAUGCUUCACCCAGAUGCAGCAGUGGUAUAAUAUAGAAGGUGAGCGCCACCUGCUGGAGGCUGAAUCAGUGGAGGACUCUGGAGACAGACUGGAGCAGAUCCUGAACAGCUUCACUGGUUUCCUUAUUGAAGCAAAUGAUCGAAGGCACCAUGCCAUGUCGUUGGUGUCAGAGGCAGAGCGUCUCCAGUGGAGCGGGUCCUCCUACCCAGAGACAGAGACAUUCAGGACUUUUGUCAGCACCUUCACAUCAGGCCUGGAUGACUUCCUGAGCAGGGCUGAGGCCUGUGGCAGAGCGCUGCAGAUCAUGGUCAACGUGUGUGAUUUCUGUGAGCAGGCUGUAGCUCUGGCCAGUGAAUGCUCUGAUUACCUGGACCAGAGUCAAACAAACUCUCAACCGAUACAACAUCAAAGUCAAGACCCUGAAGUGGUCAACCACUCUCGUGGCCAGUCUGACUGCCCCACAGCACAUAGUUCUGGCCCAACAACCAUCACUGGUGUUCCAUUGUCAGGCAAUGACGGCUCCAUCCUUCAGAAUUUUCAUGACCGGUUUCUCCAGUUCAGCCCAGAGAGAUUUCAGGAGGUAAAAGUCCAGGCCAGUGCCCUACAGGGCUCCAGGGGGAUGCGGGUCUGGAACAUAGCCUGGCUGAGGUGUCAGGAGGCCAGACAGCAGCUUCAGGAGAGGAUACGGGAUGUGGAUGAAAUUUAUCACCAAAAUCCAGACUCUCGCAACUGGUGUGAAUGUCAUUAUGUUGAUGUGGUGAGCACUAAUGAUCAGACAACACCACCUGGUGGUCAGAGUCUGGUGGUACAAUCAACUCCUGGGCCUCGGCACCCACAGUGGGAGGGCAUUGUGUCUGGAGCGGUGGAUUUAGGGAAGAGAAAACCAGUUAUGGGGAGCAACAGCACUAAUUCAACAAAUAUUGCUUGCUGUAACAGCAUCAUCAAACAUGAGGAUCACAGCAAUGAUGGAACCAACCAGGGAUCAAAGUUCACUCCACAAUCACCUAACAGAUCAGCGAGGAGAGCAGAAAGAGAGGUACGCAGGAGACAGACGAGCAGAGCGAGGAGAGAUCGAGAUGCCGCUGCUAUGUCCCAGUCCCACACUGUUGGCUGCCAGUGGUUUCCAUGGGGACGAGGUCUCAAAGGGAGAUCCAUGAGCCAAGACUCGUGCACCGUAGGAGUGGCUGCAGCCGAGUCCUCCACUCCUCCAGAGCACCACGUUCGACCCCCAUCAUCCUGCUCACACCAUGGCCAGCCAUCAUGUCGGAUUCUCAAGGAGGCGCAGAAGUUCCAGAUCUCGCGCCAUGGGAGCUUCUGCUCUGAUGACUCCUGUGUGAGCGACCGUGGUGCUGCAGGGGGUGAUGGGACUUCAUCCUGCAAGCACUCCAGCCUGCCCAUCAGGAGAUUUGAGGGGGCGUUUUGUUUGGCAAAUCCACAGGAUAGUGCCAGCAGUGCCCUGAGGCUGCAGCGUGUACUGGAAGAGCUGGUGGUCACAGAGAGAGAGUAUGUCCGCUCGCUGAGCUACAUCUUGACCCAUUACCUGCCCCUGCUGGACAGACCAGACAUCCCCCAGGACCUUAGGGGAAAGCGCGGCAUCAUCUUCGGCAACCUGGAGAAGCUUUACAACUUCCACAGCCACUACUUCCUGCCAGAGCUGGAGGCCUGUCAGAGGGAACCUGCCAUGGUGGCCCGCUGCUUUCUCAGACACAGUGAGAGUUUUGGCCUGUAUGCUCUGUAUAGUAAGAACAAACCUCAGUCAGAUGCCCUCAUACUGCACCGUCGCCAUGACAUCUUUAAGAAGAAGCAGCAGGAGCUGGGGGACAUGAUGGACCUCUCAUCCUACCUGCUGAGGCCCAUCCAGAGGAUCAGCAAGUACAGUCUCCUUUUGCAAGACAUGCUGGCACUGGCUGGGUCGUACAGGCCAAAAGACAGGAUCCAAGAUACACUGCUUGCAUCUUCAGUGGGCGCACAAAGCAUAUGUGGCUCAGGUGUGUACGUGCCUGAUCUGUCGAGCAGUGAGAGGGAGCGUGUGAGAGCUGAGAUCCAGGGUGCUGCAGACCUGGUGCGAUUUCAGAUGCGUCACGGCAACGAUUUGCUCACCAUGGACGCCAUCCGAGACUGUGAUGUGAAUUUAAAGGAGCAGGGUCAGCUGAUUCGCCAAGAUGAGUUCACAGUUUUCUUCAAAAAGAAGAAAUGUCUUCGCCGCAUCUUUCUCUUUGAAGACCUAAUCCUCUUCAGCAAGACGAAGAGGACGGAUGUUGGCAAUGAUGUUUAUGUUUACAAGCAGUCUUUCAAGACCAGUGACAUUGGCAUGACUCAUAACUCUGGUGUGAGUGGCCUGUGUUUUGAGAUCUGGUUUCGCAGGAGGAAGAGUGAGGACACCUACACCCUAAAGGCCUCCAGCAUGGAGGUGAAGAAAGCCUGGACCACCGACCUGGAGAGAAUCCUGUGGGAUCAAGCCACUCACAGUAGAGAGCUACGUAUGCAGGAGAGGGUGUUUAUGGGAAUGGGCCGCAAACCUUUCAUGGACAUUCAACCCAGUGAUGCUGCUAUUUGUGACCGAGCUGUCAGCUGUGUCCUGCCUGGGAGAAUCCCUGUGACGUGUUGUUCACACAGGGGCUUAGACUAUCCACGACCACACUCCAUUGGCUCUGGCAGCACAGCCUCCACCACCCUCAGCCAAUCUUCCUCCUCCUCUGGCCGGGGCUCACUGCCACCUUCUGGUUAUCCUGGGUGCCAGUCGCAGGGAGUGGAGCCCAGUCCUGCCAUCUGCUCAUCCCCAGAGGCUGUGACAGACACUGAACUAAACAGCCUUCAUCAGCAACAGCAUCAUCAACUUCAUCGCAAUUGUGACGAGUGGAAAAGUCAUCAUCAUCUCAGUAAAUUUAUUUUCCAAGUUGACAGCACUGAAUCCUCUACAGAAUGCAUCGUCCCCAGCAGCUCGAACCACAGCUGCCUGUCUGCCAUUGGCGGUGAGACGGUGAACGACUCCUCCUCUUUUGUGUCUGAGUGUUCAAAGCCCCGCCCACCACUGUGUCGGACCCCCAGCCUGAGGACAAACGGCUCACCUCUGAUGAGCAGAAAUAUACUGGGAGUUGCACCCAAACCCCCACAUCUGGUGCAGGAUGAUGAAAUUAUUAUCGCAAAAUCAACGGCAGUUUAACCAUGGAUUUACUGGUUAUUGGUCACCUGGAGCCAUUCAGCCCCUCUGGAGAUCUUCUAGUCACCCUGCAACACAUGGUUUAUCAUGGUUAGUCAUGAGUCACUCAGCUCUGUCUGGUCACAAGGUCUGGUUAACAUGCAAAAUGCAAAACAAAGCAACAUCAUCCCAUCAUUAUAUGCCACUGAGGGUCAUGGGGAAGCCGGUGCCAUUCUCAGCUGAGGCACGGUCACCAAUCCAUCUCAGAGUCAAAGAGACAAAUCAUUCAUACUCCCAUUCAAACAUAUGAUCAAUUCAGAGUCUCAAAUUCAGCUAAACCCAAUCUGCAUGUCUUUGGAUUGUGGGGAGAAGCUGGAGAAGGUGCA